UCCCCAAUUCAUCCACCAAACCCUACUUCGAUUAUUGGGACGUGACAGCAUCCUCCUCCACUUCCCCAAGAAACCGGUUCUGCUGGAGCAGAGAUCCUUCAGUUGACGAAUCCAGCGGCGGCCGGUGAGAUUCUGCUUGUUUUGAAGCAAUUUCUUAGAGCGCUUCCACCACAGGAAUCUAGCGCACUUUCUAUGGUAUUUUUGUCCUAGUUUCCUCCUCCGAUCUAUUGUGCUGGAUUGAAAAGAUCGAUGAUGAAAAACAAGCGCCGGCUGGUGAGAGGCGAUGAAGAGCAACGCCCUUACAAAAGGGUAGCUAGGCCAACGAGAUUGGACAGCUCGAGUGAAUCCAGUCCAGGCGCCCUGAGUGAACUCAGUGAGCAAGUAGUUUCAAGAUUGCGUAGGAGUGUCGUGUCGCUUGCUUCGUUCGAUGGUGAUACCAAGUUACGUGAAUGCACAGGCAUGUGCAUUGAAACCUCAUGUUCUGAUUCUGAAGCUACAAUCCUGACAUCCAGACGGCUGAUUCCACCUACUCACCCAGCUGCAAGUUUGAAUAUUAAAGUACGCCUUCCGAAUGAUCGGAUUGUCACUGGGUGGAUAGAGGAUCCUAAGAUAUAUGUUGAUUUUUUCAUUGUCAACAUCAAGAAUGUGUCUGGUGUUGAUGCCGCAAGUCUGGACCGUGACAUGCAGUUUGAGCCUCAUACGAAGGUAGCAGCUGUAUGCCGCUGUUUCUGUUCUGGAUUUUUAACAGCCACAAGUGGACUAAAUCUUGCCUCUCCAACCAGUGAGAAAAUCGUAAGCACAUGCCGGAUCCACAAGGCGGGGAUUGGAGGCCCCCUUGUUGAUUUUGAUGGCAACUUUGUCGGGAUGAACUCCUCUCGUACCAAAAUGGAGAAGACUGCUUACGUGCGAAGGGAGGGAAUUUUCCGAUUCUUGGUGCUUCAUGGGAAGGUCAGUGUUAGAGUUAAGGAAGGGUUUCAUGAUGCUUCAAGGGCAAGAAUGAACAGUGAGAUGAAAGCAAUUAGGCCAAGUUUGAGUGCUAAGUCCGUAGAGAAAUUGAGUAAAUCCAGAAAAGGUGCCUUGAGUAAGCAAGUACUUUCCAGAUUAAGCAUGAGCAUUGUGGCGCUGGCCUCAUUCGAUGGUGAUACCCAAUUACACGAAUGCACGGGCACAUGCAUCGAAAGCUCAUGUCCUGAUGCUACGUGUUUCCUGACAUCGAUAAAUUUGAUUCCUUAUACUUGGUGGUUAGGGAAGAUCACUGAAAGUUUGACGAUUAAAGUACGCCUUCCUGAUGAUCAGAUUGUCACUGGGUGGAUAGAGAAUCCUGAGAUAUAUGUUGAUUUUUUUAUCGUCAAAAUCAAGAACGACGAUGUUAUUGAUCCCCUCCAUCUACGUCAUCUAAGUCUUGAUCGUGCCACGCAGUUUGAGCCUUAUAGGAAGGUAGCAGCUGUAUGGCGGCAUUAUGAUUCAGGAGAAUUAAAGGCCACAAGUGGAGUAGAUCUUGCCUCUGUAUGCGCUCUUACAGAUGAGGAGAUGUUAAGUACAUGCCGUAUCCAUGAGGUGGGGAUUGGAGGUCCCCUUGUUGAUUUUGAUGGCAACUUUGUUGGGAUGAACUGCUCUGGUACCAAACAAAGAAAGACCCCCUACGUACAAAGGCCUUCAAUUCGUGAAUUCAUGUGGUUUCGUGGGAUGGUCAGUGUUAAGGAAGAGGUUGAUGAAGCUGUAACUGCAAGAUUUAAAAGUCGUUAUGGAGAUUCAGCUUUCCUCAGGGCAGGAGGUGGGCAAUACAUAAAUCUUCUCGAUGAUACGUUCAAGAAGGAUAUCUUGAGGAAACCAUUGGGAGGUUUUGGAUUAGAAAUGGAUCGAAGUGCCUACUCACUUGCUUCAGAAUCAAGCAAACUUCUUGCUUCAAAAAUGAAUCGAAGUGUUGUCUCACUUGCUUCAUUCAAUGGAUUUGCAAAAAAGUUUUCUUGCUCAGGUGUAUUUAUAAAGGGCGAAGCGUGCUCUGCAACAAUUCUGACUUCAGCAAGUUUGUUCAGAGUUCCUGGCAGUUCACACAUGAUCGAUGAUAACUUGAGGAUUGAAGUUUGCCUUCCAAACCAAUAUCGAGUUGUAGGGAUAUUGAACUGUUAUAAUUUACAGUACAAUGUUGCUCUUGUUGACAUCAUGGGAUUCUGGCGUCCUCGUACAAUAAAAAUCCAUGGGCAUCCAGUUACCUCAUCUAUGGACGUAAUAGCUGUGGGUAGUCUUUUUGCGUGUCGCAAACUAAUGGCUGUUGAGGGGAAGGUGUUGAUUGGCAAACAAAGCAAACUUGAUUGCAAAGAACUUUGUGUCUCCACCUGUAAAAUCACCAAGGCUGGGAUUGGGGGGCCUCUUAUUGACAAUGAUGGGAAUUUUGUUGGAAUGAACUUUUAUGAUGAGGAAGAAACUCCGUUCCUGCCGAGGGAUGUUAUUCACCACCUCUUGUUGAACUUCAAUAAAAAACGGACUAGUGCAGAUGGUACUAUUGUCGAGGAUGUUGAAAACAGAUGGUUGUUGCCUGGCGGGACACACAGAAACACUGAAACUGUUGCACCGAUUGAUGGAAACAAAUGGCCGUUGCCUGAGCCACGCUUCGUUGGUCGUAGAGCCAAGCCUUUGCCACGUCAAAAAUGGCCUCUGCCUCGUGGCCGAAAGCCUCUGCCUGUGUGAGGUCACGUUUGUUGUAGAGCCGACGAUCGCUGCUAGUAUUGAUAAUGGUUUCUUGUCCGUUGGUGCUGGGACCUCCAUUCUGAGCUGCUCGAGUACUAGUACUAAUAUUGCUUUCUCCAUGACAGACUCCUGCGUAUCUAUGGUUUCUGUUGGUAGUUGGCUGUCAGUCCUCCAUUCUGAACUGUUUGCUCUGUGUUGCUAGAGUUCUGUUACCAUCAAAACCAAUUAAUGUCAUGGUAUUCUGUAUGUGUAAGUGGGUAAACCAUGUCACAAGCCCAUGUGCUCUAAGCAUAGUGGUGUCCAGUGAUUUAUGUUCUUUACUCGUCUCCCCGGUACCAACCAGCACCUGUUUGUUGAUCUUCUUGUGGUUAUAUUACGACUAUGGAUUGGUGCA